AUGCUCCGCAACAUCCCCUGUCGCUACAGAAAUGAGGAUCUGCUGAGUGAGGUUAUGGAGGCGGGGUUCACCGGAAAGUUCGACUUCUUCUACCUUCCCAAGGACUUCAAGAGCAAGCUGAAUCGUGGCUAUGCCUUCAUCAACUUCCAUUCCAGUCAGGUGGCAGAGGAGUUCGCUCUGGCCUUCCACAAUCGAAAGCUGAGCCUGUACGACUCGAGCAAGAUUGCAGAGGUCGUUCCGGCCACAAAGCAGGGCUAUCAGGUGCAUCGGUCCGAGUUCGAGCAUGAAAAGGGCUGGACUAAGGUUCGUGACUGUCAUUUCAAGCCCAAUUUCUUCCCGCGGGAUGCCGCCGAACAUGAGGGUGGGGAUUGCGAGAAGGUUGAAGGUUGA